UGUGGUUCUGUGUUGCAGCUGGUGGAGACCUCCCUGAAGGGUGAGAUAACCUUUGACCCCUGCUGUGCCUACUACCUGUGGUUCGUCAUGGACUUUUGUGACGGAGGAGACAUGAACGCCUACCUUCUGUCCCGGAAGCCCAGCAGGAAGACCAACACCAGCUUCAUGCUGCAGCUGGGCAGCGCCCUGGCCUUCCUGCACCGGAACCAGAUCAUCCACCGAGACCUCAAACCAGACAACAUCCUCAUCUCGCAGGCGUGCACGCCCGCCGGCUCCUCGGAGCCCACCCUCAAGGUGGCGGACUUCGGCCUCAGCAAGGUCUGCUCCGCCUCGGGGCUCAACGCCGAGGAGCCGGCCAGCGUCAACAAGUGCUUCCUGUCCACGGCCUGCGGGACGGACUUCUACAUGGCGCCGGAGGUCUGGGAGGGCCACUACACGGCCAAAGCAGACAUCUUCGCCCUGGGCGUGAUCUUCUGGGCCAUGGUGGAGCGCAUCACCUUCGUGGACGUGGAGACGCAGAAGGAGCUGCUGGGGAGCUACGUCCAGCAGGGCUCCGAGAUCGUCCCCCUGGGGGAGGCCCUGCUGGAGAACCCCAAGAUGGAGCUGCUGAUCCCGGCCCGCAAGAAGAGCAUGAACAGCCACAUGAAGCAGCUGAUCCGGGAGAUGCUGGCCGCCAACCCUCAGGAGCGGCCCGACGCCUUCGAGCUGGAGCUGCGGCUGGUCCGGAUCGCCUGCAGAGAGCUGGACUGGGACACGUGAUGAAAGGGGCGCGCCAUGGACGGGGCGCGCCAUGGACGAACGGGGCGCGCCAUGGACGAACGUGGCGCGCCAUGGACGA